CGCGCAGCGGGCGGCACGGGGCGGGCGGCGGCGGCGGCGCAGGCCGGCGGCGGGGCGUUGCGCAGCGGGGAAGAUGAGAGGCGCGGCGCUGCUGUGGGGUGGCGUUGGCACGCGGCCCCGGGACUGAUGCGGAAGGUCAAUAAGAACGUGGUGCUGGCUGUGCUGAGCCUGACCAGCCUGGUGUUCCUCCUCUUCCAACUGUACUACUACAAGUUCUACCUGUCGCAGAAGAAUGGAGCAGUUUUUUCAAAAGCCAGAGGAAGCCAGUCUGGCCAAGACAGCACUAGAUGGCAUGUGGUUAGGAAGUUCCUAGGCUUAAUAGCCAGUCACAACAUACCAGUGUAUUUGAUUGAUCCUUUGAUUCUGGGACUUGUUGAUAAAGACAUUGAACAGAUCAGAAGUUCUUCUGAUGGCCCUAGUCCAGAAUGCAAGUACUUCUGUGCUCCAGGAGACUUCACUACAUUCGCGCUACUGGACAAAGCGUGGAAACAUGAAGUGGGACUUUUUAGAACUGCUGAGAAGAUGGGAUUCCAAUGGUUAAAGGUUCUCAAUAAGGACCCCCGCUUGGAUGGGAUGGAUGACCUGUCUGGGACUGAGAUUCCCUUGCACUACAUUUUUAAGCUAGCAUCUCAUGCCAUUCACCUGGUGGUGUUCUAUGAGAGGAGCGGUAAUUUCCUCUGGCAUGGCCCCCUACGGCUCAAGCAACAUAUGGACAGAAAAUUUGUGCCUUUCCGGAAACUCCACUUUGGCCGCUACCCUGGAGCAUAUGAAAAGCCUGAACUUCUGCUUGUUUCUAUUGAUGACUUAAAAGUUCAAAUUCCAAAAAAUCCAUCCAGUUUUCUAGAAGAGAUGUCACACUCUAGAUUUCUUGAAUGUAGGUACAGAGAAGCUCGGGCUUUCUUUCAGUUGUAUCCUGAUGAUGCCUCUGUUGAUGCAGUGGAAUUCAGAAAAAGAGCAAAAUCCUUGCUCCAUCUGGCUGCCCUGACACUUAAUAACUUGGGAGUAAAGUUCUGGCUGAGCAGUGGAACGUGCCUUGGAUGGUAUAGACAGUGCAAUGUCAUUCCUUACAGCAAAGAUGUGGACCUGGGGAUCUUUAUAAGGGACUACAAAGCUGAUAUAAUUCCAGCCUUUCAGAAAGCAGGAUUACCAUUAAAGCAUAAAUUUGGCAAGGUAGAAGACAGUUUGGAACUCUCUUUCCAGGGAGAUGAUGAUGUGAAACUUGAUAUUUUUUUCUUCUAUGAAGAAGAUGACCACAUAUGGAAUGGAGGAACUCAGGCGAAGUCGGGCAAGAAAUUUAAGUAUCUCUUCCCAAAGUUUGCCCUUUGCUGGACUGAAUUUGUAGAACUCAAGGUACACGUACCCUGUGAAACCCUGCAGUAUGUUGAAGCCAACUAUGGCCCAGAGUGGAAGGUUCCUGUCAAGAUGUGGGACUGGAAGAACUCGCCGUCCAACGUGCAGUACAACGGUGUCUGGCCUGUUGACGAAUGGGAUGAAGUCAUUCAAAUCUACUGAUCACCUCCUUGCUCGCAGAGUGUCUGGAGCUGAUUAUGAGCAGCUGCUAAAAACCCAGACUUGUUUCAGAGAAAAAUUGCCUCAGACUCCAAGGAAGAUUUCAGGACGGAUCCCUGCAGAAAUCUUUGUGAGAAAGAGCCCAGGACAGAAUAUUACCUUCACUGCUUUCACUGCCCUAGUUCCCUUCUCCCUGCCUGCCAGCUGUCCCAGUGUCCUGGUCUUGGCUGCAGGGGUGCCCUGCAGAGGCAGCUGGGGCUUGCCUAGACCUUGGAACUUGCAGGAACAGGAUGGGCUGUGACCCCCCUUGGAAGGAUGAACCUGGCCCUGUGAAGGGCACGAGUGAAACCCGUGUCUGACAGCAGCAGGAGCAAGAUCCAGCUCUCUGCACUUACAUGUGAAUGUGAACAGAUAGCAGCCCAUCCAGCCCUUAUCACUGCAAGAACAGCCACUUUCCUGGCUGGGUAUCUUCUACGUCUGGCCAGGGUUUGAAAACCCUGAGCAGGAGAGUCGUCCAGGCAUUCAGAGAUGAGCAGUUUUGGUCCUGCCUUUUUCUGAACUGGCCAGCCCUGCUGCUGCGGGCAGCAUGCUGACCAGGGAAUGCCAGGCAGGCUGUGGGUAAGCAACGGGCUGGGGAAACAGCACAGAGAAGGAGCACUCUGCAACUUUCCAAUGUAAAUUACAUGGAAAUUAGGCUGCUGUGAGGCCAAAGGCCCGUCUGGAAUAGGACCUUUAGUUAACAUAACACUUGUGCUAAAUGAAGCGGUUGACACAGCUUUCAGGCUGUAGUGCCACUGUUAAUUCACCGUGUGAAAGGGCUGAAGCUCCAGUUGAGCUCCGCGAGAGAGGAGCUGCCCCCCUGGGACUGAGAGCAACCGUGUGUCCUUCCACCACUGGGACGCUCCUACUGCUGGGGCAGCCCUCUUAAUGGAGAUGGGCAGCACUUUUAACAACCCACCGUGCGUUUGUACCAAGGCUGUGCCCCUGUUGGCUUGCACUUGGGGAAAUUUUGUGACUAUUUUCCCACAAAGAGAGUUGUUGUCCCAGGGCACAGGAUGAAUCAGUUUGAGUUAUCGACAUGGGGAUGUGCCAGUGGUGUUCAGGGGUCACCUCAAACAUCCCCACACCCUCUGACCUUCUCUGGAGUCCUAUGCCUGACUGAAUGGGGGCCUGGGAUACAUCAGGCCCAGCAGCAUCUCCUCUGUUGGCCCCCGCACUGACGGACACCACUGCACACAAGGCUCACUCCUCAAUGCCUCCUUCCCACAGUACCAGUCUGCGUUCUGCUUCUUGCAGUCAGAUGUGAUCCUGCAUGGCUGCUGUCACUGAGCUGAGAGGGUAUCCAGAAACAUUUACAGGCUCAGAGUUGAUUAAAUAAGCAGAAAUAAAUAAGUAUUUUUAAGGAAAAAAAAAUAGAUUCUUGCCACAAGCAAUCUCCAUCUUCACCCACAAAGCCCAUCUGCCCGAGCCAGAGCUGCGCCUGGGCUAGUGGGAAUGAUCUCCCCUGUCCGUCCAGAAAGAGGCAGAGAGUGGUGGCGAGGAGAGAAAAGGCAGGACAGAGAAAAUCUCCCGGGAGAUGCAAAGCAAGCUCCUGGAUUGCUAGGACCAGUGGUGACACGCACCAGACAAAGGACCUGCUAUUCUAUAAAGGAGGCAGCCAGGACCAGCACCAGGCUGACUCCAUCCAGCGAGAGCGAGCCCUGCGGCCAGGCACGGUGAGAGCUGCUAGGGAACGGGAAAAGGAGGCGUCUGAUUUUGCUGUCCCCUCACCCGCUGAGCAGGUUUGCCGAGCCUCAAGCACCAGUGACCAGAAAUGUAAGUGACAAUUUACUUGUCUCUGUGCAGAAUUGCAUCCCGUCUCCUGAACUUACCUUGCAACUUUCUUAGGAAUGCCGAUGUUUCCUUUCUGAAACACGCAGCAGGGAAUAUCUUUCAGGGAAGGAAUUUCUGCAAUAAGCUUUUACCAUCCCCUAGAUUCCUCUUUAUUGUCAUGGCACUUCAGAAUCUUGCCAUCAAAAAGCUAAGAGUAAGGCACCUUGUCUGACAGAAUAGUUACAGAAGCAGUUGCAUUUAAUCAAGCAAAGUAACCGUAUUCCCCUUAUUCUGUGCCAGGAAUUUGCAAUCCUUAGUAUCCACUGGGAAGACUCUGUGAAUCAGCCUCGUGCCAGGAGAAAUUAGUUUUUGCUUUUACUAUUUAGGAAAUAAAUGUUCUUACAUUAUGACCUUGUAAUUACACAUUAGGGAAACUCAUUUAUACCACUGGAAAGUGCUGUAAAUCAGUUAUUGCACUUGCGUAAAUGAUUACACAGAGCACCAUAGGCUCUCUGGGCUGAGAAAUAAAUUAAUUCUACAGUGUUUGAUAUUUGAAACAAAUUAUUUGUGAAAACACAGAAAAGCAUACAUUUGCCAGAAUUUAGUGUAUGAUUAUGAACUAGAUAGACAGUGUGGAAAUCCUACGAAUGGGUAAAUAAAUAAGAAUGUAAAGAAAGAGCUUCAAACUCCAAACCUCACAUACUUAACAACCUCCCCACUGCUUUACUGAUCAUACGCCUUACAGCUGAUGUGUCUGCGCUAUAUACAAAAUUCUGAAUUUGCCCCAAUUCAAUAGUUUACUUAGCAGGAAAAGUUUAAGGACUUCAUUCAUUUAAGUUCAGCAGAUAAAUAUUAACAAUUCUCAGGCUUAAAAAAAUAUCUAUUGAAAUUGCCCAAUGCAGAACAGGUCAGUAUUUCCAGGGCUAAUAGAGCUGUAUUUGCCUGAGAUUGUCAAUAAAUAAUAAAAGCAUCUUUCUAAA